UUUAUUGAUAAUAAAACUGCCUAUUUUCGAAACGGUGAUCUUCUUCAAUAUAUUUAUUUUCAACACCUGACCGGUGUGAGUGCCAGUACUACCUUGGAUUUCGGGCAGUACGCUUAACUAACGUUUCAUUCUAAUUGUCUUUUCUUAUGUGCGUUGUUGUUAUCAAUAAUUAGUGGAUUGUUUUUUUUAUUUAUUUUUUGAAUUAAGCAAAAAUGGUGGCUGAGAAUUACGGUUACACUGCCAUCGAGAAUCAGAAAAACAAAAAUCUGUCCAAUGAUUUUUCUGAUGCCCCUUAUUACAUCGAAGAUGUAGCCGAUGUGCAACUAGAUGAAAACCAAAUCGACGAUCUUACUCCUAUACAGAAAUUUUACGAUGGAACUAAUGUGUUUAUAACAGGAUCUACAGGAUUUUUAGGUAAAAUCCUAGUAGAAAAACUACUCCGUUCAUGCCCUACCAUUUCCAGCAUCUAUCUUCUUGUGCGAGACAAAAAAGGGAAAAAUCUGGAACAACGUGUCGAUGAAAUGUUCGACGAUGUCAUAUUCGACAGACUAAGAAAGGAAUGCCCAAAAUUUAGACAUAAAGUGGUCGGCGUGGCCGGAGAUUGCAGUUUGCCAGAAUUGGGAUUAAGCUUGCAAGACAAAAGAUUAUUGAUUGAUGAGAUCCACAUAAUCUUUCAUGUGGCAGCCACAGUACGUUUCGAUGAAAAACUAGAAACAGCCGUAGCUAUCAACAUAAGAAGCCCCAGAGAUUUACUAAGAUUAGGAAGAGAAAUGUCAAAGUUAAAAUCCUUUAUUCACGUAUCCACAGUUUAUGCUAACUGCACCAAUAAUUGUAUUGAAGAAAAAAUAUACCCAGGCGCAAUUGACGGUGAAAAAAUGAUUAUGCUGACGGAAAAUGUACCUGGAAAAAUCCUGGACGAUAUGACGCCAAGACUACUGGAAAACUAUCCAAACACCUAUGCCUACACCAAGCAAAUAGCCGAAGAUAUUGUGCGGCGGGAAUCUGAUAAUAUGCCUGUGGGAAUAUUCAGACCAGCCAUUGUGAUUGCCACUUACAAGGAACCAGUAAAAUCCUGGAUCAAUAACAUGUACGGACCGACAGGAGUGGUAGCAGGAGUAGGGGUAGGCCUCCUAAGAACCCUUUACUGCGAUCCAGAAGUCAAUGCUAAUUUAGUACCUGUUGACAUGUGCGUUAACUCUUUGAUAACUGCCGCUUGGGAAGUUGGAGAGAGUUAUCGAAAAGACCAAAAGAGCUACGACAUUAUGGUUUAUAAUUAUGAAUCUGGAAAGGACCAGCCGAUCAAUUGGGGAAAGUUCAUGCAUCUUUCCCAUCAUUACGGAAUUGAAUAUCCUUCGACCAAGGCAAUAUGGUAUUAUUCUUUUAAGCUUUACAAAUAUUAUCCUGUUUAUUUGUUUUGGACGUUUUUGCUGCACACUUUGCCCGCUUUACUUGCUGAUACUGUGCUGUUUUGUUUGGGGAAACAACCAAGACUGAUGGCAGCCUACAAGAAAGUUCACAAAUUUUCCAGCGUCAUUUCCUACUUUUGCACAAGAGAAUGGGAUGUCAGGUCCGACAGUCUCCGAAGACAGCAAGAACGUAUGUGCGACAAAGACAGAGAACUCUUCUUCUCAGACCUCAAACAACUGGAUUGGGACGAAUAUUACAAAACCUAUUGCAAAGGAGUGAGGCAGUACCUGCUGCAAGAUCCUUUGGAAACUUUGGAGGUGGCCCAGACCAAAUGGAGGCGAUUGUAUUUUGCUCAUCAGGCCGUCAAAUUUUUUAGUGGAUUUGGUUUAAUGGCCAUGGCAUAUUGGCUAUUUGAAACUUGCAUAUAUUUGAUUGUUUAAUUAGUAAAAAAUAAUUAGCGUUUAGGGCAAUAAUAUGACUGUGAAUAAUUAAUCCUUAACAAUAAAGCUGCUGGUGAUUAUUGAGCUUUUAUGCCAUAUUUGGACAAAAUUCAUGUUAGAUCGUUGAUUAUAUGUAUUAUAUUUUGUAAAUUUUAGAAGUGUAGUAUAGUUAAUUUUUGGUAAUAAAACCUAAUUAAUAUGGUUACUAAUACGUGAAGGUUUUUUUUUUUUAAAUAAUAAUCUAGUCAUAAGAAAGCGAAGAAAAACUUUCAAUUCAGCCUUAUUUUUGGGGCUAUGACGUAGGUACGUGUAGUGGCUAAAAUUAAAAACUGCCUAUUUUUAUUAGGUAUUACUGUUUUUCCUGUAAAGAUAUAUUCAUAUAUAGUAGAUAUUCCAUAGUAUAUAGCCUUUUGUGAAUAAAUAUAUGAUGUUUUACGAUACAAACA